UCCAAAUCCCAAUACGUCCAUAGGUCACCGGUCAUACGCGGCACGAGCGAACUGACUCAGCUGCUCGCCAUUUGCUCAAAUAUCCUUCUCUGCGUACGCACAUUCCCCUCACACUUCCGCAUCACCACCAUGUCCGCAUGCGCUUUCGUGCCACCCACCGCCAUACUUUCGAAAUUAUCUAGCUCUAUGCUCUCCUCGACUGUCCGUUCUCUCUCACGACCAUUCAGAAUCGCAUCACACCGGCUCUGCCAUGCUUCACCGUUACGCCUUCCUGUUCGGCCUCGUACACGAUAUGCCCCAACGGCACUUGCUCUGACCGAUAUUUCGGGCUCUUUGUUGGCUCGGCGUGCAUUCCAUUUGAGUGCAGUCGCAUAUCAUGGUGGUGUCGAGCGACCUAAGCCUGGUACUGGAAUCAAAGUGCAUUGGAAAGAUUCAAAGGGAAACUUAAUCAAAACCGUGGAGGCGAACGAAGGGGAUGACCUGCUGAGCGUCGCGCAUGAGUAUGAUAUAGACCUGGAAGGUGCUUGCGAAGGUUCUGUAGCAUGUUCGACCUGCCAUGUUAUCCUAGAUUCGAAACAUUACGAUCUUUUACCCGAGCCUGAGGAUGAUGAAAACGAUAUGCUCGACAUGGCAUUCGGUCUAACAGACACAUCCCGACUUGGAUGUCAAGUGCAGUUAACUCGCGAUCUGGAUGGCAUUACCGCCACACUCCCGGCGGCAACAAGAAAUAUGUUCGUUGACGGGAAGAAAUCAGCCCAUCACUGACAGGCCGACUAUUUUGAUCUCAAAGGAUGCGAUGGUGCCGCUAAAUUCAAUGCUUGGCAUACGAUUGGCACCAGUGCGUGAGAUGUUAUGUGUAUUCUACGACGUAAUGUAUGCUACGGACCAUCGGCGGACAAAUGAAGCCUAGGUGACCACUGCAGCGAUUCCGGCACCGUCCAUGUGAUGUCCUGCGUAGGAACCUUGAUAUCGCAUAGUUUGCAGUGAAUGCAGUUCUGACACGACAUGAGUUCGAUAUGUCGCGGUAGAGUGCUAAAGAGAACCUACUUGUGAGUUGAUAACCAGCUUUUUGCCUCCCCAACUGUCGUCCUCUUUGUCAUUGGUUAAAGAAGCUUCGUCGUCGA